AUGCUGGAAAGUUGGUCCUCGACUGGCACACUCAACCGGGCCAUAGACCUACAUCCAGCCUACCAGGCGCUCCGCGCAAGACUCGAGUCAGUCCAGGCAGGGCCGAUGGCACGGAUGAGCAGAGCCACACGGGGUCGACCGCCGACGCUCGCGGAGAGAGGAGAAGGCGCUUACCGAAUGUCACGUUACCGGCGUGGCACACCGUCUCACGGACGUACUCGCGAGGCCGGAAACACCACGCCUGAGAAACAAAGACCGAUCAGCCCGCCGUCUGACGAGGGGGAGGCGAACGAGCACGCCGACGCCGCGGCAACCACGUCAGGCGUGAGGGGGACACAAGCCACACCAGUCCACCAAUGGCUGAGAUCAGGGAGGCGACAAUCAGCCAACGGAAAGCAGGCUAGUCAACAAACGUGCGCUGUGCACGGUUAUAAUACGAGGCAGGCGGCAAGGCUGAACAGAUCAAGGCUAGCAGGAAACGUCAGCGCACGACUCUGAUGAUGGAAACGAGUGUGUUUCCGAAACGUCAGUCUGAAUACAACCUGGUCCAUGAAAUCGAUUUCUCUUCUUCGUCUUCCUCGGGGGAUGAUAUACACGGUAAUAUAUCUGGACCUCGCAUCUUCACGCAUAUUGAUAUAUAUAUAUAUAUAUAUAUAUAUAUAUAUAUAUAUAUAUAAAACUUGGCGUCAUCAAUCUGGCUGAAGAACAGGACAAUUAUCAAUUUGAUGGCAUGGAACCCCCUAUUCGGCAAGAUACGUGGUACAACUGCUGUUGUACUUUCCUAAACGCAUGCUUUACUGGCAUAUUGUCUACAUUGUUGUGAAGCGAGUAACGAUGUUGGCUUCACGAAAACUCACCUCUGUUCGGGAAUGUUGUGCAUGCUGUUCUGAACCUACUGAUCUACAUGUCAUUCUUAAAAUACAUCACAUAUGCAUUAAUAUCGCCAGGAGCUGCAGAAGCCGAUUUUCCCCACUGAGCAUUCAGUCACUGCAGUAUACAGUAGCGGACAAAGCACAGUUACACAGAAUUCGACUGGCAGAUAGGACAUAUAAUUAGACCGCCGUUAGACAGUUCAGCUUUAUUAAAACCAAGCAGAUAUUAAAUCCUACUGGGCAUUAUUUGGGUCGAGUCUCCUGGAACGUGCUGUUGAAUUUUGAUGUUGCAUUCUAAUUAAUCGCAUGCCCUUCUCCCUGAACUGUCUCAGUACAAUAGUUGAAUGUCAAAUUAUCAUGAAGCAAGAGAUUACAAAUAGCGACAGGAUACGCCUGCAUGCCCGAUAUUGCGAUGGGCCAGCGGAGGAGGCUUGCGUAUAAACGAAAAAAACGCGAUUGCCGUGAAUUAAGCCAGAAUAACAGAAAUGCAAACAAACCAAAAAGAGAGAAACGAUUACGAGCGAUGCAUAAUAACUCCUCGCUAGUAAUUUAAGUGGGAACUUGUCGUGAUAUGACAUUCAUACACGAUAAUCGAGCCGAGGACCACACACACUACAAACAAACAAUCCUGAAGUAUGAGAGGCCCUCGUUGAAUAAUAAUUUUCCUUGUUUAAAGUUAGGACACCGCCUUAAACCCAUCGUAAGAAACAGGGGUAUAAAGGGAUAAGUGACGUGUAAGGGUUACACUAGUAGCGCAGAAGGUCGUUUCAAUCGGAAUCACUGCUAGGUACGCACGGAAAGUCAAGAUCGUUGAACUAAACAAUAUGAUGGAGCGAAGAAUCGCCUUGAGCCCACCGAGAUACAUUAAAUCAAGGACAUCUGCACCAUUGCGUGCUUCGCGUUCGUCAAAAUUAGCCAGGAGUGAGGGAAAUUAACGCCAUUGUUUACACCUAUUUCAGGACUAAUAACCAAGGUCAUCCCGCAGCUGUAUGCGUCGUCGGACAUCAAUAAAAGUAGAUGACAAUUCUUGAAAUACUAUGUGAAUGACAAACUUGGUGCCUGCAGUCAAGGAACAUCACGUUAUGCUCCUGGGCACACUGAUCCGCAGUUCCACCACUCAUACUCCCCCCCCUCCUCCUCCUUCUCCUCCUCCUCCUCCUCCUCCUCCUCCUCCACCCCCUCAUCCUCCCCUUCCUCCUUCCCCUCCACCUCCCCCUCCUCCUCCCCCCUCCAGCAAAAGGAGUUCUAA